AAUACACUUCCUAAAGCCACCCUCUGUGCGUGUGUGUGGGACGACGAAAACAACGAUGUCUCUGUUGCACUCGCUUUUGACACUCUCUCUUUUGUUCUCUUCAUCUCUAGCCUUCCGAUCCGAUGAACUCCUCCUCGACGACGAGGAGUUCGGUCUGGAAGGAGGAGUGCAAGUGCACCCUAAGUCCCCUGAUCUCGCGCACACCCGAUCAUCCCCACCUCCACCAACGACAACGACCACCCGGAAGAGGUAUUCGGACUCGGAUCCGGACUCCAAGAUCCAGUUUUUACUCGAGCACGCCUUUGGAGAUUCCGAGUUCUCGCCUGCUGGGACCUUCACUGCUCGCCUCAAGACUUGGAACCAUGGCGGCCAGACUCUAACAAAGCUGCGUUUUUCGAGGGAUGCUUUUACUGAGUUUGAGAAGGAGCAGUUUCAAAAUGUACUGAAAGGAGAUGAUUUCUAUAAAAUAAGGCUGCCAUCCAAUGUUUUGAGCCCCCCUGGGAGGGAGUUCAUUAUUUCCUCGGUGAAAGCAAGAUGUCUUCCACGAGAAGGUUUGGAUGAACAUUUUGUUAUACACAUGGAAGGCAUCAACAUCUUGGCCGUUAAUUAUGGCUCCCCUGGGGCAUGUCCACAUCCCCGGCAAUUGAAACUUCCUAAGAAGUGGUCUUUCAACUCGCACACCGUUUUGAAGAACAGCGAGCAGGCACAAAGAACUCCAGUAAUUUCUGAAGAGAUACUUGGUGGGGAGACUGUAGAGGGUGAACUUGUAAUGCCACCAGAAAAAUCCUUUUGGGCUAAAUAUUGGAUGUACAUGAUCCCUCUUGGACUUAUUAUCAUGAAUGCGGUAACCCAAGCAAUGAAUAUGCCGGAGGAACAGGCUGGCGGCCAACCGCAGCAGCCAGCGGCUGCAGUCCAGCGCGGACCAACUGCUGCCGUGCGGAGAAGAUGAAGGGUUUGCUUGCUUUGAAUCUGUGUUUGGCAUUGUAAAAUUUAUUUUUGAUUGUUCCAGUUAUUAGGAAAUUGAAUUCUAAAGCAUUUCUACAAUUGCAAUUGAAUUCUAUAUAACUUGGGAAACGUGUUAGUUAAAUGGAGCAUCCUGCCUCUCUUCGGUUUU